CAUUAUAUUUAAUUACAGAGUAAAUACCAAUGCAAUAAUUAACGUACACGUACUCAAUAGGUAUAUGUAUAUAUUUUUCAAAGAAAGAACGUAAACAUAAACAUAAAGACUAGAGAGUAACUUUUGUGAAAGUGUGCUUUUGUAUGUCUAGUCAACAGCUAGCAAAUAUAAAGAAUUUACUUGGGUUGUGAAAGCACCAUACAUGGUCUAUUUCCCCUGUUUUUAAAACAGAGGAUCUCACUUUGUGUUUUUUUUCACUAAAGAAAGAAUGGAGAGUUUCAGGAUAUUUGGGUGUUUUACCAGAAAGUUUGUGAAGGCGGAGUUACAGCCGCCUUCGGAUAUCAAGCAAUUCUUUGACAAAUACGCCGAAUGUGGGCCCCAAAUGACGGCGGAACACCUCCAGAAGUUGAUGAUCGAGGUGCAAGGUGAAUCCAAGGCGACGACAUUAGCCGACGCAGAGAAGAUUAUUGAAGAGAUCAAGUCAAGAAGAAAGCACCCUCACAUGCCUAUUUUCAGUAACACUGCUAGAAAAACUCUAAGUCUUGAUGAGUUUUUCUCUUAUCUUUUCUCAACUGAUCUUAAUCCGCCUAUUAACCCUCAGGUUCAUCAAGAUAUGAACGCUCCAAUAUCCCAUUAUUUCAUAUACACAGGCCAUAAUUCAUACUUAACAGGCAAUCAAAUCAGUAGCGAUUGCAGCGAUGUUCCGAUCAUUCAAGCAUUACAGAGAGGUGUAAGAGUUAUUGAGCUUGAUCUUUGGCCUACUCCUAACAAACAAGAUGUUCAUGUUUUGCAUGGAAAGACUCUUACAACUCCAGUGGAUCUUCUCAAAUGUCUGAAAUCCAUUAAAGAAUAUGCAUUUUGUGCAUCUCCUUAUCCUGUGAUUUUGACUCUCGAAGAUCAUCUCAAUCCAACUCUACAAGCGAAAGUAGCAGAAAUGAUUAUUCAAGUUUUCGAGGAUAUGUUGUUCUACCCCGAAACUGAGAUUUUAAAGGAUUUCCCUUCCCCUGAAGAAUUGAAGUAUAAGGUUCUCGUAUCAACAAAACCUCCCAAGGAGUAUCUUACUGCCGAAAAUGCCAAAAAUAGCAGUGGUAGCAAGGAGCCUUCUAUUGAAGAACAAGAGUUUAAGGCCAACAAUGAGAAAAGUGGAAAUGGAAAUAGUGUUGAACGAGAAGUGUGUGACUACGACGACCCUUCGCUGCAAGAAAGACCGGCCGAGUAUAAGAAAAUGAUAACGAUUCCGGGUAUAAAAAGGGGUGAAUUGAAGGAGUCACUUAAGGUGGAUCCUAUUAAGGUCAGCCGUCUGAGUUGGAGUGAGCAACUUCUAGCAAAGGCAACCACUUCUCAUGGAACUCGUAUCAUAAGGUACACCCAGAAAAAUAUUCUGAGGAUUUUCCCUAAGGUUACGCGGUUCAACUCUUCCAAUUACGAGCCUAUUCUUGGUUGGAUGUAUGGUGCUCAAAUGGUUGCGUUUAACAUGCAGGGCCAUGGAAAACAACUUUGGUUGAUGCAUGGGAUGUUUAGAGCCAAUGGAGGCUGUGGUUAUGUAAAAAAGCCUGAUUUUCUUUUGAAUUCAGGUCCUGAUGACCAAGUUUUUGAUCCAAAAGCAGAUUCAUCAAUCAAGACAACAUUAAAGGUGAAAGUAUACAUUGGAGAUGGGUGGCGCGAAGAUUUCAGACAAACUCAUUUUGACACAUUUUCACCACCAGAUUUCUAUGUUAAGGUAGGCAUAGCUGGAGCGCCAGCAGAUAAACUGAUGAAGAAAACAAAGGUGAUAGAGGAUCACUGGAGACCGGCUUGGAACGAAGAGUUCAGUUUUCCUUUAACAGUUCCUGAACUAGCUUUGCUGAGAAUCGAAGUUCAUGAAUAUGAUACAACUGAUAAGGAUGAUUUUGGUGGGCAGAGUUGCUUGCCUGUCCGAGAAUUGAAACCAGGGAUUCAUGCAGUCCCCCUUUAUAAUUACAAAGGCGAGAAAUAUGCUUCUGUUAAGCUUUUGAUGCAGUUUAUAUUCGCGUAAAUAUACCUAUACAUACUGUGAGUAUUUUGUUCAUGAGAUGGUGUCCUUAUGUAUCAUUUGUGAGCAUGUACCUCUUUUGAUCUCCUUGAAGUUUUGUAAUAUGUGUAAAAUUUUGGCUUCAUUCCGGGGUUUACGAUGAGAUGAUUAAACUAUAGUACAGAACAAAUGAGCAAUAAAUAAAGGCUUUGUUUUGUCAAUCAAGAUU